AUAGCAAGCCAAAGAUAAACACGUAGCCAGACGAGCAGGGGCGAGAAUAAGAAGAUAUCUCAGAGAGUGCUGCUUAAAACGGGCCAAAUGGAGUAGCUAGGAAGAAUAUAAAGAUUUGUAGCACGCAAGGAAACACCCGUCAAAACCGACCGACGAGCGAGUCUUCCGCGGGCAUCGAAUCGUAUCUGUAGCCGAGUCCAAGAUGGUGCGAGCAGCCUUGGUGACCGCCACCAGUUUGGCGCUGACUGGGGCCGUGGUGGCGCACGCUUACUUCCUCAAACACCAGUUCUACCCGACCGUGGUCUACCUCACCAAGAGCAGCCCCAGCAUGGCGGUGUUGUACAUUCAGGCCUUUGUGUUGGUGUUUCUGCUGGGAAAGUUCAUGAGGAAGGUGUUUUUUGGACAGCUAAGAGCUGCAGAGAUGGAGCACCUCAUCGAGCGCUCCUGGUACGCGGUGACCGAGACGUGCCUGGCGUUCACCGUGUUCAGGGACGACUUCUCCCCCCGCUUCGUGGCCCUCUUCACACUUCUCCUCUUCCUUAAGUGCUUCCACUGGCUGGCCGAGGACCGGGUGGACUUUAUGGAGCGAAGUCCAAACAUAUCCUGGGUUUUUCACUUCAGAGUAUUAUCUCUCAUUGGUCUGCUGGCUGUCUUGGACUUUCUGUUUGUGAACCACGCCUGUCACAGCAUCAUUACCCGAGGAGCCUCGGUGCAGCUUGUUUUUGGAUUUGAGUACGCCAUCCUGCUGACCAUGGUGCUGACAACCUUCAUUAAGUACGUCCUGCACACUGUUGACCUGCAGAGUGAGAACCCCUGGGACAACAAGGCCGUCUACAUGCUCUACACCGAGCUCUUCACAGGUUUCAUCAAAGUGCUCCUGUACAUUGCCUUUAUGACCAUCAUGAUAAAGGUCCACACCUUCCCCCUGUUUGCUAUCCGCCCCAUGUAUCUGGCUAUGAGGCAGUUCAAGAAAGCUGUAACAGAUGCUAUAAUGUCUCGAAGAGCCAUCCGCAACAUGAAUACAUUAUACCCUGACGCUACUCCUGAAGAUCUGCAGGCCUCUGACAACGUCUGCAUCAUCUGUCGGGAGGAAAUGGUCACAGGAGCCAAGAAACUACCCUGUAAUCACAUAUUCCACUCCAGCUGCCUGCGCUCCUGGUUCCAGAGGCAGCAGACCUGUCCCACCUGUCGCAUGGACGUCCUGCGGGCGUCUAGUAAUAACAAUCAGACUCCGGCCCCAGCACAGGCUCCGCCCCCUGCUCCAGCAGCCCCCGCCAACGCUCCCGCAGCCCAGCCUGCUAACGUGCCUCCAGGCAUGUUACCUGGCUUCCCCCCUGGCAUCUUCCCCUUCUGGGGUCCGUUCCCUGCAGUUCCUCCUCCUGCCGCAGCAGUCGCUGCUCCCGGUGCUGCUGAACCUCCACAAACCAGCACAGAGGCUACACAGGCAGCCAGCACCAGCCAGCCCAGCUCGUCUACUGCAGACACGGCGACAGCAGCUGCUGCUCCAGGGUCCACAAUCCCAGGAUUCCCCUUCUCCUUCCCCCCUCCACCCUUCCCCACUGCACCAUGGCUGCCCAUGCCACCACCUCCUCCUUUUGUGUCGUCGAUGCCUCCUCCUCCUCCUUCUCUGUCCCGUCUGUCAGAGGAGGAGCUGAGGGAUCUGGAGGCAGAGGGCCGGCGGGGCCUCGAAGCCAGACUCCAGUGUCUCCAAAACAUCCACACCCUGCUGGACGCCGCCAUGCUCAACAUCCACCACUACCUCAGCACCGUCGCCACUCUCACUCCUCCACGGGCUGAGGGCAGCUCUGGAGAAGCCAGCGGGACGACCCCCACUGCUGCGUCCUCCUCGGCUGGUAGGAGCACAGAAAGUCCCCAUCAGGAGAAGGACGCCACCAGCUCUGAUGAAGUGAGUGAAGCGACGGUCCUGUCUCAGCCCGCCGACUCCACCUCUGCCUCCUCGGACGCCGACAGAAAAGAAGCGAUGGACGAAGGAGUGGAGGAACAGGAGGACGGAGAGCCCAACGCCGCCGAGCUGAGGCGCCGUCGCCUCCGUAAGCUGGAGGAGUCGUCGUCGUCGUCGCCCCCUCCUCCUGACAACUGAUCCACCGCUCGGGGACAUAUCGCUCUGGACCAACAGGAACUCUGGACGUGGAUCACCUGUUGUCAGCUGGUCGCUUCGGUUCGUCAUCGCCUCUCUCAUUCGUGGCUGUCGCCCCUCCACAGGCUCAGGUUUCUGACUGCGUCGGGUUGGACUCAGGCUGCCGGGAGAUGCCGUGGUUCUUUACCGCUUAUCUGGACUCUGUUUGUGUCAGAAAGCAAUAGCACAAUUUUUUUUCCACUCCCGCUGCUUUUCUUCCCCCCCCCCCCCUCACAUAAUGACUACUGCAAUAAGUUACUGCAGGUGUUUGUAAGUUGAAUCAGGUGGAAGAGGAACGUCUCAUUUCAGAGCGAGUUAUUUGGUCCGAGACGUCUGGAUUUGUGUUGUAGUCUUACUGUCAUCGAGCUCCUUGCCUGCACUGUGAUUUUUUUUCUUUAAUUCAACUGCCUCCAGUAUGAAGGUGGUCACAGCCCGCUACGUUGACGUUGUUACACGGCGCACGGAUCCCCAUCCUGAUCCGGCGAAUUCUAAUCGAGGGAGGUUGAUCAACUUUGGCUUCUGCUUCUUUUUGUUUGUUUUUUUUCUCUUUCUCGUUAUUUCUUCUUCCGUUUCUCGCUUUUCUCAACAUGUUACCACUGCGGAUGUUGUAACAUACUGAUUCAUUUGAAAUGUGUACAUACUGUAUAAAGAGUUUUAAUAGGAUGAUCUGUACAUAAUGCAGAAUAAACUGUUUGACUGAAAAGGCA